GAUCUUUUUGUGAACUGAAGAUAAGGUAUAGAACAUGGUGACGCUGCAAUCGCAUGCAAGGUGCCUUAUGCCAUUGUCUAGGCCUUGAUCCAGCUGCCAGCUGGAGAUGAUGAAGUUUUGGACAAGAAGCCAACUUUUUGAAGAUCAGUGCAAGUGACGCAAUUCUUCCUUAUUUGGAUAAUGCUUUUCUCAAAAGCCAUCGCAAGCAUGGUUCGCAUGAGCGAAAUGUACUUCCCCUAUUUUACUUCAUAUGGAGCGAUUUGGAAGCAUUUUCAUAAAAUACGUUUGUGGAGUGCUUGAUGCUUUCAUUUUGGCAAAAAUUCAAAUUUGUUUCUGAAGAAAUGCGAGAAAUGCUAUAAACAGUAUUUCAGUUGUCGGAUUUGUUGUAUUUCAGAUGAUAUUUUAAGCUUGGGACCACAUCCGUGAUGCGUCAUGUACCGCCUGACCAUCACCGAGCGCCAGGAGGUGAUACAGGAGGAGCGGCGGCGGCGCAGCCAGGCGCGGCUGGUCCAGGUGCGCCAGCAGGCCAGUCGCGCCGCCGGCCGCACCCGCCAGCGCGUGCAGGCCGAGUCGGCUCGUCAGCUGGCCAAGGUCAAACAGGCGGUAGCCGCCGAGUAUGCCGCCGAUAAGGAGAACAAGCUGCAGCACCUGGAGGCCGAGUACUCGGCGUGCCUGCGCCAGGUGGGCGCCGCGCACCUGGCCGCCGCCCGACAGCCGGACCUGAGCGGCGCCAAACGGCUGCUGGCCACCGAGCAGCAGCAGGUGGCCGAGGAGCGGCAGCGGGCCGCGCUGCGCCGCGUCCGCGACAGCCAGCGCCAGCUGCACGAGGAGCAGCGGCGCGUCGACACGCUGCGCGAGCUGAACCGCGCGCUGGAGCGGGUGCGUGCCGACCGGGUGGCGCAGGAGGGACACCAGCGGCGCCUGCUGGAGGAGCGCCGUCAGCAGCAGCAGGACCAGCACAGACAGGGGACCGUCUCGCAGUCGAGCGCCGCCGCGUCCGCCGCCGCUGUCGUCUUCCAGUCGGCCUUCCGGCCGCGCGUCUCGUUUCGCGAUGACGCUGUGCAAACGAGACCGAGGCCCCGGUGCAAGCGAGCGCGCGCCCAGCAGACAGCUGAUCGCGGUAUGCUAGCGCGUGACCCCACCGCUAACCGCGGCAGCCAGACGCGCACGCUGAGCCGUGACAAGAAGACGGGCACCCGGUUUCCGGAGCCGGAGCCGCAGCCUGCUCCGGGGUCGGGUCCGGGCUCGGUGGGCCGGUCGGGCUCGGCCGCUCGGUCCGGCUCAGCCGGUCGCUCCGGCGCCUCCACAUCGUCCCGCGUGCCGCAGACGUCCCGGACAUCGCGCGGCGGCGGAUCGUCGAGUCGCUCGGACGCGCCGACGGCCGGCACCAGCAGCGCCUCUGUCACGGACGUGCCGCACUCGGAGUCGGCGCUGACGCCGUCUGAGCUGCAGCGUCAGCUGAGCUCGACCUCGACUGGCCGCGCGCCGCCCGCCGCCGCCGGCGUGCCGCUGCGCAGCGAGACGCGUCCGCCGCCCGAACAGUAUCAGGUGCGCCGCGAGCAGAGCGGAUACGACGCGCGCGCCGCAGCUCGAGAGCAGGAGGAGCUGCAGCAGGCGCGCGCCAGCUCCGAGCGCCUCCGUCAGCAGGAGCGCGAACAGGCGGCGGCGGAGCGUGGCCGGCAGGCGCAGAGACGAAUGAGCGCGCGCAGCGAGUACGCUCGACUGCUGAGUGAGCUAGAACGUGUCGAGGCCGAGGAGCGCCGCGAACGACGGGUCUCCGGCGUCGGCUCGGCGCAGCAGCUGGCGCGCGCCACUGCUUCUCUGACCCAGGAGGAGGCCAGCGGAGUGGCUUCAUAUGAGGAGCGGCAGCGGCGCCUGAACCAGCUGUUCGAGGACGCCCUGCUGCUGGCGGCCGACGCCGAGUCUGAGGGCGACCAAAGCGCCGAGUUUGUCACGCCUGCGCGCGACCUAGCGGCCGAGUUCGACCGUCACGGUCGACAUGUCGCAGAGCUGAUGGCGGCCGGGCCGCCACCGACCAGCGCUGCGGCUCCGGGGGCAGAGGCGCCCGGCGCUCCGGGAACCUGGAGUGCCGCCGAUGAGGAGCCCUCCAUGGACCAGUCUCAGUACUCGAGUGUGUCCGGCGCUGAUCCUACGAGCCAGUGGCCGACGGACGGGUCAGUGGCGGCUACCGAGCAGGAACAGUAUGCCAGUGGGCUGGAGGGCAGCCAGGGCUACCCAACGGAGGAGCAGCCCCCGCCCGGCUACGGUGAGCAGUCCAUGUUCGCCCAGCAGCCGGAGUACGGAGAGGGACAGGAAAUGUACGGACAAGAUGGACAGGAGAUGUACGGACAAGAUGGACAGGAGAUGUACGGCGAGGAGGGACAACAAAUUUACGGACAGGAGGGACAACAAAUGUACGGACAGGACGGACAACAAAUGUACGGACAGGAGGGACAACAAAUGUACGGACAGGAGGGUCAGAUGUAUGGUGAGGAUGGUCAGCAAAUGUACGACCAGCAAGGACAGAUGUACGGCCAGGAGGGUCAGAUGUAUGGUCAAGAAGGUCAGGAGAUGUACGGCCAGGAGGGUCAGCAAAUGUACGGCCAAGGCGAGGAGAUGUAUGGUCAAGAGGGUCAAGAAAUGUAUGGCCAGGAAGGGCAAGAGAUGUACGGACAAGAGGAUGAGACGGCGGACGGCGGAGGCCAGUCGCCAUACGGGGCUGACGAGCCAGAUCAGGAGAUGUACGUCGGUCCGGACGGUAUCUACCCGGUGGCCCGCCCGGAUCGGCCGGAGGCCACUUCCCCAGACGUAUCCUCUCUGCGCACGGCCGACCUCUCGUCGCUGCGCACCUCCGACGUCUCGACGGUUCGCUCGUCAGAUCUGUCGGCUCUAGCCAGCAGCGGUGCCGCCGCCCCCAACGAACCAACCUUCGACUCGACGACCACUGCGUACCGGACGGCGCCGGGCGACCCCGGGGACCCUGCUCUGGCCGCCGGUCUGCUGCAGGGUGCACCGGCCGCCGUGGGAUCGCACGGUGAGCUGCGCCAGUACGUCAGUCAACUGCUGGACGAGAGUCGCGAGCGGCUCUCCCAGCUAAGCAUGCCCGCCUCCUCGCCAUCGACCGUGUACGGCUCGGCCUCCGGCGGCUCGCUGUCCCGCAGCGGCGCAGCGGACGCCACCUUUGCCACGGCCGCCUCGCCGGGCAGCUCGACAGCUGACGUUGGCGACGGCGGUGCUGAAGCGGCUGGAGGAACCUCCGGAGUCUACUCAGAGGACCCGUCACAGAGCGCUGCGGCGGCGGCGGGGGCUGCGGUGUCAGACCCCUACACACAGCGUUACGAUGAGGUCAUGCAGAAACUCUCCGAGGUGCAGCAGCGGCGCGAUGAGCUGAUGCGAAGCUACUCGAACAUGGCAGACGAGCUGCGCGGCUCGGCCGCCGGGCUGGCGGCAGCGGCACGCAGCUCGGGCUCGCUGCGACCGCGGCCGCCGCCGUCACUGAGCCACGGCGCCGUGCAGGGUAGCGCGCCGCACGAACUGAGCACUAUCCUCGAGCAGACGUCCCGCACCACGGGUCAGGAGGGCAGCGCCGACCCGGCCGGCGUCACUGCCGACUCCGGCGCCGCCCGACAGCCCGAUGUCACCUCCACCGGCAGCGUGCUCUCACGCACGGGCGCCCGUUCGGACCCGGAGCUGUCCCCCGGGCUCGGCACCGGCGGCCGCGCGCAGGACGACACCCUCAGCCAGUUCUCUAACCUGGCCAGCUCACAGGAGUACUUUUCGCAGGAGUCGCCGCGGCCGGGCUCGGCCGCUGCCGCCUCCGGCCGUCCUGCCUCUGUGGGUUCUGCCUCGGAGGUGUCUCUGCGCAGCUCGGCCCUGGAGCGCGCACUGGAGGCGUCCCGCGAGGCGAUCCGCUCUGUGAGCGGCACCGGUGGAGGCGGCGCCCAGCCGCGCUCACAGUCCGGUCAGAGCUCGCCGGACGUGGGUAAAAUCAUCAGCAAACUGGGCAUGAAGUCGCGCUCUGGCCCGCUGGCCGACCCGCACUCGGCCGCGUCCAGCUCCAGUUCGGGCUCUGUCUCUGCGCAGCGCCAGCCGAGCCGCGCCGGCCGCGCCUCGGGUGACGAACUCCGCCGAAAGGUGCUCAGCAAGCAGGCGCACCAGUCGAGCAGCUCGGGCGGCUCGAGCUCUAGCGGCAGUUCGAGCAGCAGCUCGGCGAGCAGCGUGGCGUCCGGCUCUCCGGGCGGUUCUCCGUCGGCCGGCAGCUCGGGGAUGCUGGCGCCGCUCGAUCUGUCGGCCGCGCCGCCGCCGGCCGUCGACUCCAGUCUGGACACGGACAAGUUCGAGGCGGGCGUGGCGGCCGGUGGCGUGCAGUCUACGCCGAUGAAGCGCUCGGGCCCGGCGCCCGAGGGCGGUCCCGUGGCCGGCCUGAGCGGCGCCGUCAGCAUGCGUCCGAAGGAUAUGACCAUGUCUCCCACCUCUGACGAUGACUAGACGCCGCCGUGCCGACCUGCGCGCGCUUAGCGCAGCCUCGGCUCACGCGGUGAGAGCGGCACGAGGUCUGGCUCGGGGCCGGGGGUGUCCAGUUUUAGCCUGGUGGACCGAAUUAUGGGACCAAACUUGUUGAUGUAGCGAUGUUUUACCUGUGUAACGAAAUUAUUGAUCUCGUGUAGAUUUUAGUGCCCUGGUGUAGAUGUUUAAACUGGUGACCGUCGCUUUAAUUGUAGAUAACAUAGAUUUGCAGUGUAUGGACUCAGUUAAUAUUACGAAAUACUACUCCUAUCAACGCAUCGUACGAUUGUGCGAACAGUAGGUAGAGGAACGCUCACAAUGGCGUUGAAACUGCCUUCCCGACUGACGUAGCAAAAUAUCCCAGUUUCGUAUUGAGUUCCGUUCGCGAUUGUGUUGCAGUAUCUUGUGACAUGCAGUCUCCAUGACUGCCCGCGAUCCAUUCUGUGUACGGAGUGAGGUCAAUGGUGGAUAACGAAGGACGUGACAAUAAACUGGAGUUAUCGG